GCUGAGCUGCUGGGAAUCGAAACUUAAGCGGGGAGCGUUAAAUCCGACCAGGACCCUCGGCGGGUUUCCUCCUCCGCGGCUCGCUGUCAGCCACCGUCAGCUCCACCGCUCACCGGCCCACACUUCUCCCGUCUUUCCCUCCUCUCGGACUCCAAAUGACACGCUUGUAAACUUUGCUUCGGUUCAAUGAACUUCCUCACUUCAUCAGUGAACAAGCGAUGGACCCUGCCAGAGUGAAACGCAAAGAGGAGAUCAGCAAAUCUCUGGCAUUCAUACAGUCUCCCCUUGCUUAUCCAGAUCCUGAGGGCUAUCAGGAAUUCCUGACCCGGUUGGUGUGCAACCUGCUCGAUGAGGGCAACGCCUUGUUCAGAGAUGGAGAGUGGGAGCAGGCGGCCAGAGAGUUCACUGAAGGCUUGAAUGUCUCACUCUACGCUGCAGCAGAGGACCUCCACAUCUCCGAGGUGCUGCUGGAGAGCCUGUAUGUCAACCGGGCUGCUGCCUACCACAGUAUGGCUGAAUACGACCAAGCCGUGACGGACUGCGACAGAGCUCUGGAAGUGUGUAAGGAAAGCCGCAGGGCUCUGUACAGGAAGGCACUUUGCCUGAAGGAGCUUGGGAAGUACAGGGAGGCCUACGACUGCACCACCGACUGUCUGCUCAUCAGCCGUCUGGACAAACAGGUGAAUGAGCUCGCACAGGAGCUGGCCGUCCACCUUGGACUAAAAAUUCGAAAACCCUAUGUCAGCGCAAAGGAGGACACACUCAUCAGGAGAGAGGUCACAAAUGGAGGCACGACUCCUGAAGCCAUCAAGGUUCCCGAUGCUCAUUCAGGAAAUGGUGUGAAUCCUCUGAGCGGCCUUGCACCAGUCAGCUUUUCCAGCAUGUCUCCGUCCCCCGUUCCCUCCACCACUCCUGACGCAGUGGACUCUUUGGAGGACGAGCUGAUGGGUGAUGACUUGGACUGCCUGCUCGACUGCUUCCCUAAUGAGCAGGAGCCAGCUGAGACCCACACCCAGGUGGCACUCUCAGCCCCCAGUAGGACAUCAACUUGCACACACACAGUCCCGUUUGUCCUGCCCCCUCCAACGCCCCAGCUACCCCCGGCCUUCUUCAGCUCAGUCGUCAGCCAGCUCAACUCCCUGGACUCCUUUUCAGGCGGCGGACUCGGCACCACAGCGGCGACGCUGGAUGCGCUGGACGACCUCCGGACCUCUGGAAUCGGAGGCGGCGGAGGCGUUCCGAACUUAGGCCUGACCUCCACGGCGCUGGAUGCUCUGGAUGGCCUGGAUUCCCUGGAUGACUUCUCGGAUCCGAUUCCAAAUGCUGCUGCCGCCAAGAGUGAAUCCCAAACAGAACUGGGCGCAGGGGAAAAGUCCCUUGAUGAUUUGCUAGAUGAACUCGAUCCCCUGGACGCUGUUUCUAAACCAGCUGGUCUGAGGGGUGAUGUCCCUAAACUCGGUGUGAAAGCUGUGGACCAGCUUGACUCCCUUGAUGUCCUGGACUCGUUCCCCUCAGAAGAAGGUGGUGUGGCAGCUUUGCCAGCAGUCUCCAUUGGGUUAACAGGCCUGGACUUGCUCUCUAGUUUCCGCUCAGCCGGUAUCACAGGCUCUCAAGGUGCUGCAGCUCCUGUAACACGAUCUCCAAAGAAUAACUACAAAGUAACAAAGGAGAGGAACAACCAAUCGCAGGUUUCUGUCUACAAUCCCCUGUCCUCCACCCACGAGUUCCUGCAGGCCUGCUCGGCCUGUUUCCCUCGGAAAGGUAAAGGGAUAUACACGUUCGUUCACAUGCCCGACCUGGUCCACAGCUGUAAGCGAGACAUUCUGUUAUGUAGACGGAAGGCAGCGCAUCCUUCGGAGUGGACCAGAGUGCGUCAGCUUCCUGCCAACACUUCCUUCAACGGGCCGUUUGUACUAUGCAAGGAGCUGCUGAAGUCCGGGGAUCUGGGCCUGUGUUUUUACGGCGAGAAAUGCAUGUUUGCCUACAACCAGCUGGAGAUCGACGUUUGGACGGAAGAGAGGAAGGGGACGCUGGACAGAAACCUGCUGUUUGAAACAGCAGCUGGCAGACUGGACCCUGCAAACAGCAUCAUACGCCUUCUCCACGAAAACAAGGGCAGGUUCCUGUUCCUCUGUCAGCAAUGCUAUGACAGUAAACCCAGAAUUAUCAGCGAGCGCUGCAAGGACAAGCCCACCAUCUGCUCGAACUUGGACGCUCGCCACGCCUUCGAUGCCAAUAAGUGCUUGGCGUUCAUGGUGAGGACCCACAGUGUGCACUACAGCAAGGUCCGCCCGCUGAGCGUCAGGUGCUGCUUGGAUUUGUGCCGCCAAGCCAUCCGAUACGGCUGCCAGAGAGAGGACAGCUGCUUUUAUGCCCACUCGGUCAUAGAGCUCAAAACGUGGAGGGUGCAGCGGGACACAGGUAUCAGCCCUGAUGAGAUUGUCAAAGUAUCCACACGGUAUUUUGACAAACAGGAGCAAAACUCAAGCAAACAGAAAGGAAAUAGAUUGUCUUCCGGAGGUGGUGGCAGCAAACCAAGAGGAGGAGCAGGAGCUGGGAGGAGUCUCAACAUGAAGAUGAAGUUUGUCUGUGCUCAGUGCUGGUCGGGCGGCCUGAUCAGUGAACCUGACAGAGCCCUCAAGUACUGCACUGCCAAGGCCCGACACGCGUGGACUAAAGAGAGACGGAUAUUGUUGGUCAAGUCGCUGGAGAGAAGCAAAUGGGUUCAGGUCCGACCGCUGCCACAUGUCAAGAACUUCCCUUUGCAGUACGAUAUGUGUACCCAGAUUUUGGAGAAAAGGAAAUGUAACUACACGGGGAAAUGCACCUUUGCCCACAGCCAAGAGGAGAAGGAGAUGUGGAUGUAUAUGAAGAAAAAUGACCUGCUGGACAUGCAGCAGGUAUACAACAUGUGGCUGGUAUUAAACAACCAGAGCCGCCAAACAGAUGGAUCCGUGCUCACCCAGCCCGUCCCAGAAGAGAAAUGCAUCGUCAUGCCAACUGACUGCGCUGAGCCAAUGAGUGGCCUCCACUGCCGUCUGUGCGGUAAGCACAGCAACGGUGAGCGGCAGUGGCAGCAGCACAUCUCGUCUGAGAAGCACAAGGACCGAGUGUUCAGCUGUGAGGGAGAAGACGAAGCCCUGACGUGGAGCUACCGCUUCCCUGGCACUUGCUUUGAACUCUGCCCCAAGUCAGAUGGCGGCUGUCCCGACGGCGUGAGCUGCGACUACGCCCACAGUCCGGAGGAGCUGCAGGAGUGGACCGAGAGACGGGACUUCCUGCGCCAGAAGCUGGCCAAAGCCAGGGAAGACAUGCUCAUCAUGCCUGAUGAGUUUGACUUUGGGAAGUUCAACUUUCUUCUUCAGGACUGAGAAGAAAUGCUUUUAAUUUUGUGAGCCAUUUUUGUAACUGCCAAACUAGUAUUUUAAUACGAUAAUCAGCAGGUGACGGGAUUAAACUAGCAGCAGGUGGAAAUUUGCCAGUAGAUCACUUGACACAUGAAGCAUGUUUAUUUGCAUUUUAAAACAUGCCAUAUACUCUUCACUUUAAAUUGGUAAAUAUUUUCAUUUCUUCUGUCAUGGGACAUUUUCCGAGCUACCUGUAUUGCUCAUGUCUGUUCAGUUAAAACACCAAUAAUAAAAACACAGCAGAUGGAAACACACACAGUUCCUCAAAGAAUAUUCGAAAAGAGAUUUAACCAUACAUGCAGCCUUUUUUGUGUUCUGGGUGACAUUCAUAAUUUUCUUAUACUGUUUUUUUCUUUUCCCUUCUGUUUGUGUCUGAGGAGGGAGUGUUAAGAGAGCAUUCGCUCCAGGGUUCACUUAAAGAGGAUAUUUAAAGCCUUAACUGUAGGAUACUGUACUCCCUACACAUGAUUUCUCAAAGUUUUAACCUUUGACAUGAAUUAAAAUGGUCACAGUCA